UUUUGUCGUUUCGAGUGACAACGUUCUGGGGGCCUACGUUCCACAAUAAUCGAGUUAUUUUAUUAUAUUAUAAAAUCCAUUAACAUUUCUAUUAUGUUUAAUUUUAGUGAAAAUAUCAAAACUUCGAUUAAUCGCGAUUCCGGUCCGUUAUGUAGCGCUUAUCGAUAAAUAACAUGAUUAAAAUCUACCAGUCAACAUCCUUAAAAACCUACACAUACACAUUUUUGCGCCCACAUACAUUAGGCGAUCAACCAACAAAAUGGCUACGACUUUAUUUGAAGUUCAUCUUGUCAACAGUAUGGUUGUCCUUUUUUGACAAAUGACAUUUUUACAAGAGCGGGGAGAGAUAAGCGAUACUAGUUGACUGCGAUGGCAAAGAGAACCGAUUUUUGGCUUGCCUAUUUAAUUUGGCUAGGGACCAAUACUUACUUUACUCUUUGACUUAUAUGUACGGUCACGUCUGAAAAUAUUGAUACGAAAAAAGUGCCAAAAAUAUGUAUACACGACUUUAUUGCCCAUAUAUUAAGGUAGUGUAUACAUAAUUUUGGUACAUUUUUCGUAUCGAUAUUUUCAGACGUGACUGUACACUAUACUGAUGGUUUCAUUGAAGGUUCGUAAGAAACUUACGAGUAUAAUUUAUCAUCCGGUGUGCCAUGGAUUUCCGCCGUUGAUUAUUGUAAUAUCGAACUCACAAAAUCAUACUGAUUGUAAAGAAUAUUGUAUAAAGUUGUAUUAUAAUGGUUAUCUGUUCAUUUUAGGUACUUAGUUUAAAUCCUAUAUCGACAUGGCCACAACGUCUGGGCUAUAACCGCGAAAAUCGAAAUUCGUCAAUUGCGGGCAUUUUUCUCUGUCACUCUAAUUACGUCUUAGUGAGAGUAAAAGGGAAAGAUCCCCGCAAUUUGCGAAUUUUGAUUUUCGCGGUAGGCCCCCAGGUUACUCAUUGUUAAUCGUACGUCGUCGUGAGGCAUAGAUAUAUGAGAUUCAAUAGAUGAAGCGAAAGACAGCUGUCACCAUCACCACCAAAGAGUAGUAUAAUAUAUAGGAAUCCAGUAUCAAGGAGUUUUAUCUAUGUCCAUGAUUGAAAUGAGACAGUCCCUAGGUAAGUAUAUAAUAGGUACCAAAUAGGUACACAAAGUAGUAAACAACAUAUCGCAUGAAGUUUGUUUCGUAAAUGAUGUGCUCUUUGGUGUUCCCAGUUUGUCAGGUGUUUGUCAGUUUGGUAUGUUUACUUCAGAGCGUUUUUUAGAUACAUAAUGAAUUUCCAAUGCGACUCCCCGGAAGAGCCAUUACGAGUGCUAAUAAUUAAUUCAAAAUCUCCGGCAGCAAAAUUCCUUGCGGUUAAAAUCCUUUCGGGUGAAAUCUUCGGAAAGAAUCAGCUCAUUGACAUUGUACUCAUGGUUUUUACAAAUGAGCAAUCCAAGGCGAUAGGCUUAAAAUUUGAAUUAGAGAGAUGUGCGUUUGCAUGUACCAACUCUAUCGAUAUUUCGUGCAACUUGCCAAGCAUUUCAGAUGCAGACGUGUUUUGUCUCUUAACAAAUUUUGACAAUCCUAAUACGUUGGAUUUUGCCAAGAUGAAUGAUGAUAAGCAAUUGGAUAUGUUAGAUUUGAUUAUAAACGUAGCCAAUAACCUUCAAGGAUCAGUGCUAGAAGUCCAAGCAGAUGAAAUGGCUCAGAAACAUGAAAAACAUAAGAAAAAAACAAUAUUGGCUGAAAAGAAGGCCCGCAAGCCAAUAUUCAUUACUGACGGUGUUGUGUCUAUACAUAUUAUUAUGUCUUUAUCGAAUUUGCCAUUUGAUAUCUUUUUUUGCCCUACACCUAUAGCAUCCAUCGCUAAAUCUGUUUUGGGCGAACAUCUAAAGGUCCAGUCCAAAGUUCUUAAUAACGUUCUCGUUUGGGCCGCGAAUGAUGAAAUAUUUCACGUUGAGUUUGAGAAACCUUUGAUCAUUGACGACAGAAUUGGCAAGGCUUCCCCGUGCGACCGGGAAACUGUGGGCAAGAAUGUCCUGGCCUUGACGAAUUUGGAUCACACGCAGUUUAGUUCUUCUUGGCUGAAGAAGGAUCUCAUAGCGAAGGCGGUUGCAGUUGCCCGAAAGAAUCCUUACGGAAGUAUUUACAAGGCGGCAUCGAUUGCAAAAGCUUUGCAGCAGAUUUGGUGGACGCGUGUAACCAAUGGGACACUCCACACUAAUAUGGGAGUUAUUAGCGACGGCUCUUUAGAGACUAUAAAAGGGUGUCCCUACGUGUUGCCGAUAGAGUUUAGUGGUGACACCUGGAGAGUAAAUGAGCGAUUUAAGGAAGAUAUUCAUCUCAAACAAGAAAUAAAAAGAAUAAAUAGAGCAGUAAAAGGAUUUCAUGAAAAGUUGAUACCGUUCUGCAAGAAAUUGUUGUUGGAGUGGGGUGGUUCGUCCUUGCUUGCAGGGGAAGAGGAGGAAAGUCAAGUCGAAACAGGAAACCUUCUACAAAUGUAAUGCAACUACACCACUGUAUGCACGCGCACAACUUUCUGUCGAUCUGGGUUUGUAGCCAACAUGCCAAUCGUUUACGCUCCAUAGCGAACGAAGGCAACUGUCACUGUCGCACUAAUAUGGAAUAGUGAUAGAGAGAGAUGACUAAGCACGCAUGUUAGCUAAGCACCCUAAGAUUUACUGUUGAUGAUUUAAACACCAGCACGAAUUGCAUAAAUAUGAGUCCAUCAUUGCAGUAUCCUACAAUUCGUCAAGGAAAUAUAACUUACAACAAUAAGUUAUAGGUACAAUAAAUUAGUAAAUAUCAAUUUAUUCAAUU